AUGUUUGAGAAUGUGCUCCCGGGUCCGCCAGAUCCUAUAUUCACCCUGAAAAAACUAGCUGACGGCGAUUUGUCGCCAAACAAGGUCGACCUGGGUGUUGGGGUAUAUCGAAACGAGCAGGGCGGUUACCAUGAGUUGGAGGCCGUCAAAAGGGCCAAAAGAAUCCUAAAUGAGAGAAAUCCAGGUCAUGACGUGGCGACUGUGCAAACCAUAUCAGGUACAGGAGCCAACCACCUGGCAGCACUGUUUCUGAGCCGCUCUCGCGACUUUGCGAAUAAGGCCGUCUACAUUGGGACCCCAGCAUGGGGCAACUACGAGACAAUAUUCCGGCUCGUUGGUGUGCAGGUGGCCAAGUACAAGUACUAUGAUAUUCAGAACGGCAUCGACUUCGAAGGAAUGCUUCAGGCUAUCGAGACGGCACCCGUGAAGAGUAUAUUCAUCCUGCAGAGCUGCUGCCACAAUCCGACGGGUGCAGACCUGACAGCGGCACAAUGGGACCAGCUAGCCGAGUCUUUUAGACGGCACGAGGUGCUCCCAUUCUUUGAUAUUGCGUACCAAGGGCUCGGUGAGGGCCUGGAGAACGACGCCUACGGCAUCCGGCGGUUUGUAGCGCUUGGCCUCGAGGUCGUAGUGGCACAGUCCUUCGCCAAGAACUUUGGCCUGUACGGCGAGCGCUGCGGAGCGCUGCACGUCGUCGGCAGGACAAAGGAGUCCGCCGAUAAUGUUCGUGAACAGUUACGCUCGCUUAUCCGAGCAGAGUUUUCGUCCUCACCUGCGUACGGCUCGCGAUUGGUGACGAUAAUUCUGGAGGACGAACAGUUGGCUAAGAUAUGGCGCGAUGAACUGGACGUCAUGAGGGAGAGGCUACUAUCCAACAGGCGAGCACUUUACGAUGCUGUCGUAAAUGAGCAGCGGACUCCCAGUGAUUGGACAGUCAUCACCUCGACACGCGGCUUGUUCUGCUACCUGCCGUUGACCCAACAACAAUGCGUGGAACUACGAGAUGUUUACCAUGUGCACCUGCCCGAGACUGGCCGGAUCAACGUUGCGGGGCUGAACAAGAGGAAUAUUGGCUAUACUGCCAAGGCCAUAAAUAGUGUGCUGAACCAGAGGAAAAGUGCGUUGUAG